AUGCCGCUUCGAAGAGCAAUGUACUUUCUCUGGCAUUUUAUGCAGCCCGUUUUGGUUGGCGUCAUCGGAGCCGAUAUCGAUUUCAAAAACUGGUCCUUAUCGAGAUUCGGUCUUUACUGUACUUGCAUACUCAUUGGUCUAACGACACGUUGCAUUGUUGCCAUUUUAUCAACGAUCAAGACACACUUCUCCUGGAAGGAACGAACAUUCAUCGCUCUCGCUUGGAUACCCAAGGGUACUCUUCAGGCUGCAUUGGCACCCAUGACCUAUGAACGCACGACUAAAGAAAAUCCAGAACAAAUCGAAUUGGCGCUCGACGUCGUCAGAAUAUCGAUAGUUGCUAUCGUCUUUUUAGCGCCCCUUGGUGCGAUUGUCAUGAUGAUAUCUGGCCCUAUUCUUUUGAACAAACUUAGCAUGGAAGAACAUGAGAGGGAACGCCGAUUGAGUUACUUUCGUAUUCAAAGCUUACAACCUAUUAGGACUCGUAGAAGAAAAACCAGCAUACCCACUGAACUGUCGUGA